AUGGAUUUGCCAAGUGAACCACCAAGCUACGAUGUCGUCAAUGGCCAGCAGUCAGUGAGAGGUGAAGUUGGGCAUGCAAGUGCCAGUGCCAGUGCCAGUGCCAGUGCUGAUAUAGAAACUGGUCGUACACGAGAUGAUUCAUUUGACAUGGAUAUUGAUGAAUCAGCACUUUAUGAAAAUGAAGGUGAUGGCAUGAUAGGAAACCUGGGCUCUACUAGUAUUCCAUAUAUUUCGCGAAUAAAAAAUAGGCUAAAUGAUAAUAUUAUAGAGCCUGUACAGAAUAAUAUAAUUGAUCCGCUGGUAGGACUUAACUAUAUUGUUACUGAUACUGUCAAUUACUACGUUUCCAAAGUUGGUAAUCCUUUUAUUCUGAGCCGUUUUAUUUACAUCUUUAUUAUUUCCAUAGUUGCAUAUGGUUUGUUGUCAAGGGAAGACCCUAAUAAGGAUCAUGUAUCCGGGACAAGAGGCUCGUUUGCUGAUCAUGAUGCCUUUUUAAACUAUGCAAGACUAACUGCUGAUCUGUCCAAAUUUGAAAGAGAUUUGGAGUAUUUGAGUAGUAUGCCUCACAUGUCUGGAACAAAAGGUGAUACUGCAAUGAGACAAUAUAUAUAUCAGUCUAUGAAGAAUAAUAACAUUCAUUUGUUACGUGAAUGGGAGGCUGAAGGAUUUGCAAAUUAUCCAAAAGAUGAUGGAAUGUCAUUAAGAAUUAGACCACAGAGCGGCGAACCUUUCAGUAUUGAACUUACGGAUGUGAAUUUUAAUCCAGGUUCUCCCAAUGGAGAACUAAGAGAUAUAAAUUUGAUAUACGGACAUUAUGGUUCCGAACAAGACCUUCAACUAUUAAAGGAGGCGCAACUACUCAAGGAGGAUUUUGUGUUACUUAUCAAAUAUGAUCAAUAUGUUAGUCAGCAGGUACUGAUGGCCCAGAAUUACGGAGCUAAAGCUAUAGUAUUUAUCUCGGAUGUAAUUAAUGGCAAUGAAAAUGUAAUUAAACAGAACUCUGUUUCAAUUUCACAGUAUGGUGCAGGUAUUAUGGAAAUUAGGUACCCUAAUCUGAAGUACAGCGAAAACUCAGAGACAUAUUCGAAGACAAUGCCUUCCAUACCAACAUUACCACUAUCUUAUAAGCAAGGAAGGCAAUUAAUGGAACUACUUCAUAGCGGAAUUAAAUAUGAGGACAAAUACUUUAGUGGUAAGCCUGGUAUUGUGAAAGUAGACAUGAGAGUUGAUAACGUUUUGAGAACUGCCCAACCAAUAUCCGACUUUGUUGGAAAAAUAGAAGGAAAAGAACAAUCUGAUAGGGCUAUUGUGAUUGCAGCCAGAAGGAACUCUAUUGAUAAUGGUGCGACGACGUCUGCUUUUGGUACAGCAAUGAUGCUCUCUUUGAUUCAACUAUUCCAAGAAAUGAAAUUUCGUUUCAACUGGAAGCCGUUGAGGAAUAUCUAUUUCAUAUCUUUUGGAGGUUCGGACUUCAAUUUCGAAGGCUCCAAUACUUUGGUAGAACAACGACUAAGUGCGUUGAAAGAGGAAAUCUACGCAAUGGUUGAUAUAUCUGAAGUUGGAUUGGAUUUCGAAGACUUGGGUCAUUUAGACAUACAAUGUCACCCGCUUAUGUAUGAUUUUUUCAAAAGUAAGUCAGAUCAUUCCCAGGUUGAUGUAAAUGUGUUACCAGUUCAUGAUUUUGGUGAUUGGACGCCAUAUUUGACUCAUGGUAUCCCUACUGCAACAUUCUCCAAGUCAAAAUUAAAAUCAAAACUACUUGCUCAUACAAAGGCAGAUACCUUUGAAAGGGUAGGACAUUUAUUAAAACAGAGCAACUACCAAGAAAAAUUACUAGAUGUUCUAAUAUUUUUGUUUAGAUCAGCACUGUUGUUAGUAGACAAACCAGUAAUUCCUUUUGAAGUCUCAACUUUCGUCACUGAGUUGGAUAGCAUGCUAAAUGACUUAGAAAUUUCUCACAAAGGUCAGAUCAGAUUUGAUACAAUAAUAAAGGGUUUGUUAAUGUGGAAAAGGCUUGGUAAAGAAUGUACAGCUUGGAAGCAUGAAUGGUCAAACAUUGUUGAAAAUUUAGAUAAUGGGAUGGAGCCUUCUCUUUUCUCUGUCCAUAGAUGGGCAUGGAAUAAAAAAAUUACUAACAUUGGUAGAAGACUCUGUGCUCCCAAUGGGCUAACUGAUAGAAAUAACUACAAAAACGUCAUAUUUGGACCUACUUUGUUUGCUAACAAUAAGGACUUGUUAAACUGGAGUUUUCCUGGAGUUCGUGAUGCGAUUUAUAAGCAAGAUUAUAAUAAGGCUCAAGAGGAAUUGGAUGGCAUUGGAGAAAUUCUGAUGAAUGCUGCUAAAAUAUUCUCAGAAGAGACUACAGAUUCCAGUUAUAAAUAG